UGCAAGGGGCACCGCGCAGCACCCGGAGCAGCGCGUGCAGACCCCGGGAGCGGCUCGCGCCAGCCCGGCGGCAGCAACGCUCAGGCAGCCGCCGCUGUUGCUCCCUCCCGCCGCCCCCUUCCUAUUGCACAUUCUCUCCUGGCGGCGGCGCCCCACUUUGCAGCAGCCCCACCAGCACCCGGGAGGAGGAGGAACAUGGCGACAGGGAGCAGCUGUGGGGAGCUGAGACGACCCUGCCUGGCAGCCCUGCUGCUGCUGCUUGCAUGGAGCCCUUAUCCGGCUGCCGCCGCCGCCAGCACCCUGCUGCUGCACGGGGGGGCUGCACCCCGGCCUCAGGACCGGGGCUUCGCGCUGCUCCAAGGAGAAGCGCUGAGCCUGGGUGACAGAGGGACGGGCAAAACAAGCGAGAGGCUCCAGCCGCGGAGGAAGAGGAGCGCUGCGGAGCAGCAGCAGGAGCCCAUUAAGGUGUAUGGACAGGUCAGUCUGAAUGAUUCUCACAAUCAGAUGGUCGUUCACUGGGCAGGAGAAAAGAGCAAUGUGAUUGUGGCCUUGGCUAGAGAUAGCCUGGGGUUACUGAGACCCAAGAAAAGCAAUGUUUAUGUGUCGUAUGACUAUGGGAAGACGUUUAAAAAGAUAUCGGAGAAAUUCAGCUUCGGUGCAGGGAACACCAGUGAUGUGGCCAUCUCACAGUUCUACCACAGCCCUGCUGACAACAAAAGGUACAUCUUCGUGGAUGCCUACGCCCAGUACCUCUGGAUCACCAUGGACUUCUGCAGCAAUAUCCAGGGCUUCUCUAUUCCAUUCAGAGCCGCAGAUCUGCUGUUACACAGUAGGAUCCCUGACCUCAUUUUGGGCUUCGAUAGGUCUCAUCCUAACAAACAGCUCUGGCAAUCUGAUGACUUUGGGCAGACCUGGAUAAUGAUUCAGGAACACGUGAAAUCUUUUUCUUGGGGCAUUGACCCGUAUGAUAAACUGAAUACAGUUUACAUAGAACGACAUGAGCCUACAGGGUCCUCAACUAUAAUUCGCAGCACAGAUUUCUUUCAAACCAGGGAAAACAAAGAAAUCAUUCUGGAAGAGGUUGAAGACUUUCAGCUCAGGGACAAAUAUCUGUUUGCCACAAAGACUGUGCAUUUAUUGGGCAGCCAGCAGCAAACUUCAGUCCAGCUCUGGGUUUCCUUCAACCGCAAACCAAUGCGAGCUGCGCAGUUUGUAACGAGACAUCCAGUAAAGGAAUACUACAUUGCGGAUGCGUCUGAGGACCAGGUGUUCGUGUGUGUCAGCCACAGUAACAACCGCACCAACCUCUACAUCUCAGAAGCAGAAGGCCUGAAGUUUUCUCUGUCUUUAGAAAAUGUGCUGUACUACAGUCCUGGAGGGGCGGGCAGUGAUACGCUGGUCAGGUAUUUUGCCAACGAGCCUUUUGCAGACUUCCACCGUGUCGAGGGCGUGAGAGGAGUGUACAUCGCCACCCUGAUAAACGGCUCGUUCAGCGAAGAGAACAUGAGGUCUGUCAUCACCUUUGACAAAGGUGGAACCUGGGAAUUCCUGCAGGCUCCGGCAUAUACGGGUUAUGGAGAAAAGAUAGAUUGCGAGUUUUCAAAGGGCUGCUCUCUUCAUCUGGCCCAGCGACUGAGUCAGCUGCUUAACUUCCAGUUGCGUAGGAUGCCCAUUCUCUCCAAAGAAUCUGCUCCAGGACUGAUCAUUGCCACAGGCUCGGUUGGCAAGAACAUGGCAAGCAAAACGAACGUGUAUGUUUCAAGCAGUGCAGGAGCAAGGUGGAGAGAGGCACUGUCUGGCCCCCAUUACUACACUUGGGGUGACCAUGGUGGCAUUCUUGUCGCAAUAACGCAGGGCACAGAGACAGACCAGCUCAAGUACAGCACAAAUGAAGGGGAGACCUGGAAAACGUUCACUUUCUCAGAGAAACCGGUAUUCGUGUAUGGGCUUCUCACUGAGCCAGGGGAGAAGAGCACCGUGUUCACCAUCUUCGGCUCCUAUAAAGAGAACGGCCACAGCUGGCUGAUACUGCAGAUCAACACCACUGACGUGCUCGGCGUCCCUUGCACAGAAAACGAUUACAAACUGUGGUCACCCUCCGACGAGCGAGGUAAUGAAUGUUUACUGGGGCAUAAGACAGUUUUCAAAAGGAGAACUCCUCAUGCGACUUGCUUCAAUGGGGAAGAUUUUGAUAGACCAGUUAUGGUCUCCAACUGCUCAUGUACGAGAGAAGACUUUGAAUGUGAUUUUGGUUUUAAACUGAGUGAUGACUUAUCAUUGGAAGUUUGUGUCCCUGAUCCUGAAUUUGCUGGGAAACCAUAUUCCCCACCUGUGCCUUGUCCUGUUGGCUCGUCUUAUAGAAAAACUAGAGGCUACCGCAAGAUCUCUGGUGACACCUGUUCAGGAGGAGACAUUGAAUCGCGGCUAGAAGGGGAGCUGGUGCCCUGCCCUCUAGCAGAAGAGAAUGAGUUUAUUCUGUAUGCCACGCGCUACUCCAUCCACCGGUACGAUCUCUCUUCUGGAAUCAGCGAGGAGUUGCCUCUGACUGGAUUGCGAGGGGCAGUGGCUCUGGACUUUGAUUACGACCACAACUGUUUGUACUGGGCGGAUGUGACGCUUGACAUUAUCCAACGUCUUUGUCUAAACGGCAGCUCUGGACAGGAGAUAAUCAUUAGCACUGGCCUAGAAACAGUGGAAGCAUUGGCCUUUGAACCUCUCAGUCAGUUGCUUUAUUGGGUGAAUGCUGGUAUUCCAAAAAUUGAGGUUGCCAAUCCAGAUGGAGAUAUGCGAUUUACUGUUCUGAAUUCCUCUAUACUCGAACGACCCAGAGCCCUUGUUUUGGUGCCUAAAGAAGGGUUGAUGUUCUGGACAGACUGGGGAGACUCUAGACCUGGCAUUUACAGAAGCGAUAUGGAUGGUUCGUCGGCCAGUUGCAUUGUCUCUGAGGGAGUGAGAUGGCCAAAUGGCAUUUCUGUGGAUGAUCACUGGAUCUAUUGGACGGAAGCCUAUAUGGAUAGAAUCGAGAGGAUUGAUUUCAAUGGGAUGCAGAGAUCUGUGAUACUGGAUAGUCUUCCUCAUCCCUAUGCGAUUGCUGUAUUUAAGAAUGAAAUCUACUGGAAUGAUUGGUCGCAGCUGAGUAUUUUUAGAGCAUCUAAAUACAGUGGGUCGAGAAUGGAGAUUUUAGUUGGACGAUUAAACGGGAUCAUGGAUAUGAAAAUCUUCUACAGAGGAAAGACAACAGGGCAGAAUGCCUGCAUCACCAAGCCUUGCAGUUUGUUGUGUUUGCCCAAAUCAAACAACAGCAGAAGCUGCAAGUGUCCUGAGGGAGUCUCCAGCAGCGUGCUCCCAUCAGGGGAAGUGAAGUGUGAUUGUCCACACGGAUACGUGAUGAAGAACAACACCUGCAUCAAGGAAGAUAACACCUGUCUGCCUAACCAGUAUAGAUGCUUCAACGGGAAUUGCAUCAACAGCAUUUGGCAGUGUGACAACGAUAACGAUUGCGGAGACAUGAGUGAUGAGAAGAAUUGCCCCACAACUGUCUGUGAUAGCGAGACUCAGUUCCGCUGCCAGGGCUCAGGGACCUGCAUCCCGCUGUCCUAUAAAUGUGACCUGGAGGACGACUGUGGAGAUAACAGUGAUGAAAGCCACUGCGACGUUCACCAGUGUAGAAGUGAUGAAUUCAGCUGCAGCUCGGGAAUGUGCAUUCGUCUCUCUUGGAUGUGUGACGGCGAUAACGACUGCAGAGACUGGUCAGAUGAAGCGAACUGCACUGCAGUAUACCAUACAUGCGAAGCCUCCAGCUUCCAGUGCCACAAUGGGCAUUGCAUUCCCCAGAGGUGGGCAUGCGAUGGCGACGCCGACUGCCAGGAUGGCUCUGAUGAGGACCCUGUCAAAUGCGAAAAAAAGUGCAACGGUUUCCAGUGUCCGAAUGGAACCUGCAUCCCAAAUAGCAAGCACUGCGAUGGGCUGCAUGACUGCUCCGAUGGCUCUGACGAAGAGCACUGUGACCCUCUGUGCACGCGUUACAUGGACUUUGUGUGUAAGAACCGGCAGCAGUGCUUAUUCCACUCCAUGGUGUGUGACGGCAUUGUGCAGUGUCGAGAUGGCUCGGAUGAAGAUGCCAACUAUGCUGGGUGCUCCCAAGACCCAGAGUUUCACCGGACCUGCGACCAAUUCAACUUUCAGUGCCAGAAUGGCGUGUGCAUCAGUUUGGUGUGGAAAUGUGAUGGGAUGGAUGACUGUGGGGAUUACUCUGAUGAAGCAAACUGUGAAAACCCAACGGAAGUGCCGAACUGCUCUCGCUACUACCAGUUCCAAUGUGAGAAUGGCCACUGCAUCCCUAACCGGUGGAAAUGCGACGAAGAGAAUGACUGUGGUGAUUGGUCUGACGAGAAGGAGUGUGGGGGUUCACAGAUCCUUCCCUUUACAACAUCUGCCCCAGUGACAUGUUUACCUAACCACUUCCGUUGCAACAGCGGCGCCUGCAUCAUGAACAGUUGGGUUUGCGAUGGAUAUCAGGACUGCACAGAUGGCUCAGAUGAGGAAGCCUGCCCUACUUUAUUACCCAACGUAACUGCGACUUCCACCACCUCUCUCGGCCGGUGCAGCAGGUUUGAGUUUGAGUGUCAGCAGCUGAGGAAGUGCAUCCCUAACUGGAAGCGAUGUGAUGGCCUGAGAGACUGCCAGGAUGGCACGGAUGAAAUGAACUGUCCAACUCACAGCACACUAUCAUGCCCUAACGGUUAUAAAUGUAAAGAUGAGGAAGCCUGUAUCAUGACAACAGAACGGUGUGAUGGAUUUCUGGACUGUUCAGAUAGUAGUGACGAGAGGAACUGCACCGAUGACACAAUUGUGUACAAGGUCCAGAAUCUCCAGUGGACGGCUGAUUUCUCUGGUGAUAUCACUUUAACGUGGGCCCGACCUAAAAAAAUGUCCUCAACAUCUUGUGUGUAUAAUGUCUAUUACAGGAUGGUUGGCGAAAGCAUUUGGAAAAUGUUAGAAACUCACAGCAGCAAAACAAACAGUGUCUUAAAAGUCCUCAAGCCAGAUUGCACCUAUCAGGUGAAAGUUCAGGUCCAGUGCCUCAGCAAAGUGUACAACACCAAUGACUUUAUUACUCUGCGUACGCCGGAGGGAUUACCCGAUCCUCCCCUUCAUCUUCAGCUGUCCCUAAAGAAAGAGCUGGAAGGCGUGGUGAUCGCCCGCUGGGCUCCGCCCAUUUCUGCCCAUGGCCUGAUCCGAGAGUACAUCGUGGAAUACAGUAGAAGUGGUUCCAAGGAGUGGUCCUCACUUAGAGCCAGUAAGAACUAUACCGAGGUUGAGAACUUGCAGGUCAACAAAUUAUACACACUAAGAGUUGCUGCAGUAACUAGUCGAGGCGUAGGAAACUGGAGUGAUUCCAAAUCCAUAACCACCAUGAAAGGCAAAGCCAUCCCACCGCCUACCAUCCAUAUUGAGAGUUGCAAAGAAAAUUCCAUAAGUUUCACUCUGAAAGUGGACACUAAUAUUAAGGUGAAUCGUUAUAUCGUGAACUUCUUCUGGACCUUCGAUACCCACAGGCAAGAAAAAAGGACUUUGUUCCUAGAUGGUGAAAAGUCAGCACAAACAGUGGGUAAUUUGACAGCACACACGCCGUAUGAAAUUUCUGCAUGGGCCAAGACUGCACUGGGUGACAGCCCUCUAUCGUUUGCACAUGUUGUGACCAGUGGUACGAGACCUGCGUCGCCAAGCCUCAAAGCCAAAGCCAUCAAUCAGACUGCUGUGGAGUGUAACUGGACUGGACCGAGGAACGUCGUCUAUGGUGUUUUCUAUGCCACAUCGUUCCUGGAACUAUAUAGAAACCCUUAUAACACCACCACUGCUUUACACAACAUCACUGUGAUCGUGAACAGAGAUGAGCAGUACCUGUUUCUGGUCCGUGUGAUGUCUCCAUACCAAGGACCACCUUCCGACUACAUCGUGGUGAAGAUGAUACCGGACAAUAGACUUCCCCCUCGGCAUCUGCAUUCUGUGCUCACCAGAAAGACAUUUGCGGUCAUCAAGUGGGAGUCGCCUUACGAUUCGCCUGACCAGGAUAUGCUGUAUGCUGUCGCAGUAAAAGAUUUAAUUAAAAAAACAGAUAAAAUCUACAAGGUGAAAACCCGUAACAGCACAGUGGAAUACACCAUUAAAAAGCUGGAGCCGGGAGGAAAAUACCAUAUAAUUGUUCAGCUCGGAAACAUGAGCAAAGAAUCCAGUAUGAAAAUUACCACAGUUUCACUCUCUGCACCAGAUGCCUUAAAAAUUAUAACGGAAAAUGAUCAUAUUCUGCUUUUUUGGAAGAGUUUAGCCUUGAAAGAAAGUUAUUUUAAUGAAAGCCGGGGUUACGAGAUACACAUGUUUGACAGCACGAUGAAUAUCACAGCUUAUCUUGGGAACACCACAGAGAACUUCUUCAAAAUUUCCAACCUGAAGAUAGGCCACAAUUAUUCAUUCACAGUUCAGGCCCGAUGUCUUUAUAGCGGACAGAUGUGUGGGGAGCCUGCUACUCUUCUGUACGAUGAACUAGGAACGGGUGAAGAUGCCUCUGCGUCUAAAACUGGUAAAUCCACCGAUGUAGCUGCCAUCGUGGUCCCGAUAUUAUUCCUAUUGCUUGUGACCAUGGGAAUAGGGUUUGUUGUAUUAUACACGAGACACAGAAGACUGCAGAAUAGCUUCACUGCCUUUGCAAAUAGCCACUACAGCUCCCGCCUUGGGUCAGCCAUAUUCUCUUCUGGUGAUGAUUUAGGAGAGGACGACGACGAAGCCCCUAUGAUAACUGGAUUCUCAGAUGAUGUUCCCAUGGUCAUCGCAUGAAGCGCAUUUCUGACUGUAAACCAAAUGGUGUAAAUAUUUUAUUUGAUAAAAAUAGUUGAUGGUUUAUUUUAAAAAUGCACUUUGAGUUGCAAUACAUUAUUUUUAUAUGGGCCAAAAAAUAAUUAAAAAAAUACACUUUGUAGUAAUCAACUGUGAACUGCAGACCCAGGUUGAUUUAGAAAUGAAUUGCUUUGUUUUAACAUUAAUUUAGUCUUACAAGGCUGUGCUUGCUGGGCAUGCUUUUAAGUCUGUGAGAUGUUUUCUGUUGACUAAAUUGGCUACUCUUUUUAUUUUUCUAAGACAAUAAGAAAUUUAUUUUAAAAAAUUCAGGAGAUUAUAUAUAUAUAUAUAGAGAGAGAGAGAGAGGGAGACAAGUAAUAUAGUCCCUGAAGGUUUUACAUUUACGUUAAAAAAAAUCCUUUGGACUUUGUUUUAUAUGAAAGUAUUUUUGUUGUGUUAAUUUAUUGGGAAAUAUGCUUUAGAUCAGAUUUUCAGAGUCGUAAGACAUUGUACACGUUGUAUAGAACGUGCGCCACUUUAUCUUGCCUGGCAGUAGAUUUUUGGUAUCACAAUCACUGUUACUACAAUAAUAAUAAAAAAAAAUGUUUAAUUUUAAUUUCCGCCAUUAUUAAAAAACUGGGUCAAAAUUUUAAAACAUUAGGGCCCAAUUCAGCAAAGCACUUCAGCCAUUUCUUACCCUUAAGCAUGUACUUAAAUCCCAUUGCUUUCAUUGGGACUUAUGCUUCAGUGCUUUCCUGAAUCAGACCUGCCGGCCUAAAGUGAGAUCUACUUGAAGACUUAAAAUGUAAGUGGCUUGAUUUUCAGAAAGGGGAACCACAGCUCCCACUGGCUUCAGAGACAGAGUCAAUCAGGCCACUUUUUGAUCCUGAGUCAGUCAAAGUACUUAGGUAUGUGCCUACCAAUAUUCACAUAAAUAUUCUCCAUGGAAGUCACCACUAAUGUACAUAGAGUUACGCACAUACUUAAGUACAUUGCUGAGUUAGUGUUUAAUUUAGGUGAUUAAGGUCCAGAUUGUGCAAAUUCUUGUGCACAUGGGUAACUUUACACAUGUUAGUACCACUGACUUCCAGAGUACUAGUCCCAUGAGUGAAGUUACUUGUGUGUAACUUGUUAGAGAUCUGGCCCUUAACAUGGAUUUAGAUGAUUAACCCUAAGCCCCAAAAUUUUCAGUUCUGGUCCUUACUUUCUGCCUAACAGAACUACAGUCCAUGUAGUUCUGUGCAUCACCAGCAUUGUCCUAAAAGCUUUAGGGUUACAUACAGUAGUGGAUUUGGUAACCUUGCCCUUCGUUUGCAGCCUCAUCCUUUAGUUACAUAUGUUAUUGACAAAAAUUGGAAACUAACAGGAAAAGUGACCACUAACUGUCUUUAAAAACACAUUUCAAUACAUGCUGUCAAAUGCAAUUAGACAAACAUGUUUCCUCUACUGAACUUCUUUAAGAUGCUAAUACAUUGGUGGGCAGCUGGGGUGGAGGGUGGGGACAUGCUAGCUAAAACUAGAGAAAGUGCUUUGAUUGCAGGGUUUCCACAGUUUUAUGAAGCUAUAUUUAUCUGAAAAUCUGAAUUCAUUUGGGGUUACAAAAGGAUACUAUAUUCCUUCAUUGCUGUUUCCUAAAAGUAGCUGUGGUUUUAACUUCAAACUUCAGAAGCAACAUAUAUAUUCAGACCACUAUCUGUUAUGCACUUACUGUAGACACACCAUUGGCUACCAAGCUAAACGUUAGCAGUUAAAAACGUCUGGUACCAUUGUCUAGCUUCUUUGUAACAGUAAAGUUUGAAUCCCACCACACUGAGUCAAAACUACUUGCCAGCCAGAGAGCAAAUGAUGUGAGUGAGUGUUCACGGAUCACAUCUAUAUAUACUUGGUAUAUGCAAAGCCUAUCAACUCUACACCAGUAAAAUAUAAUGUGUCAUCUUGUUAUGAUAUAAAUAUUUUAUUUUAACCAAAAGUAUCUUUGUUGUGUAACUUGAAAAUAUAAUUGCAGUCUUCCUAUGGAUAGAGUGAGAACAGAAGGGUCAACUAUGUUUAGAUAAACAAGUGGUUCAUUUAAUUUCAAAUAAGAAAAUGUAUAAACAGUAGAAGUUCUGUAUGGUUCAAUACACUAAAGAAAUACUAAAUAUAUUUUCAGCUACUGACAGAGUGUCAUUCUCAAGUGACAAAUUGGUUCUUUUUCUUUUCUUUUUUUUCUGGGGGACCAGAAUUGAAUGGGAUUUUGUGGACACUGCUUCUUUAUUUUAAGCUUGUAGAGUUGUGACUUGCUUUUCUUACAUGGUUUGAGGGCCAGAUGCUAUUCUGAGAUACAACUUUUGAGUAACUCCAGCAAACUGUGGCGUAAAUGAAAUCACUCCUGAUUUACACUAGGGUACCCAAGAUCAAAAAUCUGACCCUGAGUGACAAAUUCCUAGAUUUAUUGAAAGAUUCCAGUACUUGAAAAGUGGGGAAACGGCCAAAAGAAAGAAAGAGACCCCAGGGAUGUGGUUAUUAUUUCUUAUUCAACAGAUAUUUCUGCACAAUCACUAAAAAAAUUAGCAUAACAGUAUCUCAAAAGGAGUAAGUGUGUGUCUAUAGAACACUGACAUUGGUCAAAUCCUGUAUCCUUUACUCAUCUAAGCAGUCCCAUUGACUUCAGUAGAACUACUCACCUGAGUAAGGCAAGCAGAAUUUGGCCUAUUGUCUUUUGUUCCUAUAUAGGGAAACACACACUAAGGACCAACUCCAAUAACUAAUCUCAUGGCCACUUUAAAUACGCUAUGAUGAUUCCUCAGUCUGAUGUUCUCACUUUUGAAGUUAAAGACCUACUUCAGCUUGGGUAACUGAUCGUUUCUGGUCACUUAGUCCGGUUUCACUGCAUUCACUUCUCAGCUGUACAAAACAUAGACUGUUUCCAGUUUGAAACAUUUUGUUGCAAAUGAAAAAUACUCCUGGUUAACAAUGCCUCAGUUAAUGCAAUGUGUGUGGCAUGAAGUUCAGGGCAUUGGGUCUGCACAUUUGCUUGAGCAUUGCUUUUGCUCGCUGAAGGGUUUAAAUGGCACUUAAGCAGGUCAUACACCUUGUGUGAGCUCUCCUGGGGGUGAAUUUCACCUUGUGUGAAUAGUGCUGUAAUGGAGAAAUAUCCUCAACCCUCAAAACUUUCCCUUACAGCAAAAAUAACCACUGUGCUGUUGGCAAAGCAGCCUUACAGGGCUAGUGUAUUUUAUAUAAAUAGAAAAUAAGUUCUGGGGAGCAUGAGCAAGAUCGAUGCAGUUAUGGGUAAAUUGUAUAUUUUUUAUGAACUUUUGAAGCACAGAAUCUUGUUCACAGAUAUGGGCGGGGGUUGUUGUAAAUAUGGUACACAUAAUACAGAUCCAGAUUUUGUUCUUGUUUUGUUUCAGUAGCUUUAUGAAAUGUGAAGCGAAUUGUUACCCUAAAUGUUGAGAGGUGACUGGGCUUUUCCUUACUGUAACAAAACAAAACUAUUUAAUACUUCAGCUAAAAGGCUGUCAGUUGUACGCUGAUUAUGGUGACUUCUAGUUAUUUAACCUGAUUGAACAUUUGAGUCUGUUUUAUUGUUCACAACACACGUUAGAAGCAAGCUGGCACUCUUAAGUCCAUUUGAACUAAAGACAACAACUUUUAACCGUGUUGGCCCUUUGGUUUUUGAUAUUAUAUGGUGAAAUAUACAUGGAGAUACCAUUUCCUAAACUUCAGAGGGAUAACCGUGUUAGUCUGAAUCCACAAAAACAACAAGGAGUCUGGUUGCACCUUAAAGACUAACAGGUUUAUUUGGGCAUAAGCUUUCGUGGGUAAAAAGCCACUUCUUCAGAUGCACGGAGUGAAAAUUUCCUUAUUUUGAAAUCUGAGGGCCCCUUCAGGAAAAUGAAACCAAGUCCAGUGUUUCCCUUCACCGUGAACAAAUUACUUCAGUUCCCUGUAUAGCAAAAGUCUCAUUCAUAAAAUGGUGAUCUGCACUCAGCUGUCUACUGAAAAUACUACACUGAUUUCAUACGUAGCACCUCCACUAACUGCAGUAGACAUUCUGCAUGUAGAACUGGCACAUGAAGAGAUUUCGAUCUCGCAGUCAGAGAUCAAAACUAUAUUAUAUAUGUAGGAUCAUGAAAAUCCUGAUUACCAAAACUCAUAUUUACUCUUCUUGGCUUUCUAGCAGAAUGGUACUACCGGUUAAUGGAAUUUUCACCAGACUGAAUCCAGCACGAAUCAGUAUUUGGUAAAUGAUUUGGAAGAUCUCUGUCCAUUUCUCAGUAGACAGGUAGCCACAACAUUAAAACCUAUCCACAACACAGCACUAGUUAGUAAAACUGUUUCCAGACUCAGAGAAUCUAAAACUACAUGGCCAGGAGUCACGGAGACUGAACUUUCUUCUCAGACCUAGAGAGGGUUUCUCUAGGACUGGUGUGAAGUAACAUUCGUGAGGCAGGCAUAGCUUGCUCCACCACUGAUCACGCUCUGUGGACAAAGGGGCUUCAGUCUCUAGGAUGCUAAACAUUCUCCCAAAACAGUACAGCCUUGUGCCACAUAUGCACACAGAAAGAAUCAGCAUGUUUUUAUCUAUUUACAGGGAGCUCAAAAGGUUUAAUGAAAGAUGUAGCUGAUUUGUCAGUACAACUUUAGAAACUGUAUUCAAGAAAGACAAGAAUAAUAAUUUCCUACACAAAUUCCACAUCUCUUUCAAAUGGACUUCAGAAUGUGACUGGCAUAAUUGAAUUAGUAACCUUGGAUCCAGAGAGCUUCUUCACGUCUAGUGCCAACUUCAAGGGGUUUUUAUAUAUAUAUAAAUAUAUAACCAGUCAUCAUUCUAAACUUUCGGCACCCAGUAUAGGCAAUCUGUCUCAUCCAUUCUCAUCACCAUUAGCUUCACCUCUGUAAGCUCUUAAAGUGAUGUUUAGACAUUUAUCAUUUCAAUUGCUUUUCUAUUGUUUUUUCAGUCAUCUGAUUUCUGCUGCAGAUUUUAGUGUCUUAUUGCACAGUUUUGAAGGAUUUUUGUGUCUUUCAAUGUCAAACUUUUUUCACUGAAUAAAUAAAAAUUGAGUCAAGAAAACGAAUGUUAAAGAAAAUCUGUUCUAUACAUGUCGAGUUAUUUUUUGGAGUACAAUAAAAAUGUGUUUGAUGCUA